AGACAUUAAUAGAAUAGAGAGAAAUGGAGGCUCCACAGAAGAGAUGCCGUAAAUCUGUGGUGUGGGAGCAUUUCCAUUUGGAAACCCCAAAUAAAGUGAGAUGUAUGUAUUGUGAUAGGCAGCUAGCCUACUUCAACAAUACAUCAUCCAUGAUGCGCCAUUUGAGGAGCACUCAUCCUGCCAUUUUGCAGUGUGCAGAGGAUGGUAACAUUCCCCCUGUACCUAGGCCUGCUACUGACACUGCUGGGCCAUCUAAACAAGGCAGACAGAGGGAAUUGGAUGAGGCUCUUGUAGACAUGGUGGUAAAGGAUUUGCAGCCCUUCACUAUCGUGGAGGAUGAGGGUUUCAUGGCUUUUGUGAACAAACUUGAUCCAAGCUAUGUCCUCCCAUCCCGGAAGGCACUUAAAACGAUGGUAACCGAAAGGUACAACAUUUCUAAGGAGAAGACAAUGGAGGACCUAAAAAAGGCAGAUUUUGUUAGCCUUACAGCUGACAUGUGGUCCUCCAUUAAUAUGGACGGAUACCUUGGUGUUACUUGCCACUACAUAACACCAGAGGCAAAGCUGGCAACUGUUGUACUGGGUGUAAGGAGGUUUUACCAAACACAAACAGCCCAGCAUCUCAUGGAGGCUAAAGCUUUGCUAAUGGCCGAGUGGGGAAUAACCACCAAAGUUCAGUGUAUGGUGACUGAUAAUGCAUCCAACAUGAUCUUAAGUGCCCAGCUACUGAACCUUCGGCAUGUCCCAUGUUUUGCCCACAAUUUAAAUUUAAUUGUAAAAAAGGCCCUAGAUCAAACCCCACUCAUCAAUGAAAUACGACAGAAAGCCAGAAAGAUAGUGGGGUUAUUUAGAUCCAGCUGCAAAGCAAAGGACAAGCUUGUGGAGAUGCAGGGCUUGAUGGGCAGACCAGCUCUGAAACUGAUGCAGGAGGUGGACACAAGAUGGAACAGCACUUACGACAUGUUGCAGCGCUUGUAUGAGCAACGAGAGCCAGUGGGCACAUACCUGCAAGAAGGUCUGCACUCAAGAUGUGGUGGGUACGAGUCAUUCAGAGCCUUGGCUCUGGCUACUCUGCUGGACCCAAGGUUCAAAAAUGUGGGUUUUGGAAAUCCUGCCAAAGCCCAGGAGGCUGAAAAGCAGAUCACACUGGAGUGUGCUUCGCUGAUGCGUUCAAACACAGCAACUCCUGUUUAG